CGCCCUGUAACGGAGAUGCAGAACGGGAGUCGACUCCGUUCUGCUUUAGAAGCUUCGCUUAGUACAAAUUUAUUCGCUUUUGCAAGGGAACGGUGCAAAGGCGAACGCCUGCAAAGAUGCCGGCGCUGAUCGAACGACCCAAGAUGAGUCUUCAGAUGUGGGCGGCCCUGAAGAACCACAUCAUGCGUGAGCGAGAAAGGAAAAAACAGGAACAAGAGGCUGACGAAGCAAUAGAACGGUUGCGCCGGGAGCAGGAAUUGAAGCGCAAGCAAGAUGCCAUGACGUUGGAAGAAAUUAAAGAUCAGGUGACGCAGUCGGAGAAGAAACUCAAAGAGCUGAAGGAAGAGAAGCAUCAGCUUUUUAUGCAACUCAAGAAAGUACUCCACGAAGACGACACCCGCCGCCGAGCACUCGACAAAGAGGCCAGUGAAGUGGCUGCAGCGCAGGCCGCUGCUGUGGCCAGUCACGCUUACGCCAAUCACCAGGCUCUCAGCAUUGUGGGUGGUGCAGGCCAGGCCCAGCCGCUUUACAUCCAAAGCCUCGGCCGCACGCCUGUCCUGUACAAGAUGACCAGCCCGCAUCCUGGUGGCGCAGUCAGGACGCACCCAAACACGCUGAAACGGCCUCACACGCCACCGUCACCACCCCUCACGUCGCACACCCAGGGCGGUUACCAGACACCCCAGUUCACCUACAAGGCACAGGUAACCGCGUACGGCUCGAAGCUGGUUCCGUAUCCGACAGUUGUGACGUCUGUAGCGUCACAGCAGUCUCCAGUCUACUUCACGCCUCACCACAUCAUUCCCGGCGGCGAAACAGCAGGGUCGCCAAUCUACGGCGCGUACACAUCACAGUUUGCUACUUCUCACCCUUCAACAGCGACAGAGCUCACAUUGAAACAGCACGGGGUCGUCACACCCACCUCGUCUUCGUCGUCGCAGCAAGGGCAAGGUUACACGCACAUCUCGCAGCAGGCCUUCCAGAAACACAUGGAGCAUGGCAGCAGCAAGGGAACCGCAUCGUCGUCAUCAUCGUCGGCCAACAGCUACGGUGACGAAAAAUUUUACGUCCAGACGAGUGUGAUUCCUCGGUCUUCGCUCCCAGGGUCGCUCGUGACGGGGCAGCCAGUUGUGUCCGUGUCACGCCAAGUGAACGGCACAUUUGCUGGUCAGAACCGUCAUCAGUACACUAGUCAGACAGGAACACGGUUCUAUUGAACCCACCAAAGCACACAGUUUUGUUGUUGAUCUUGCUAUAUUUUACUUUGGUUUUUUGUUUUGCUCUUCUUCUUAUGAUCAUUUUUUUGGUAUGUCUACUUUAUUCCAUGCCGUUCUUUGACUGGAAUAUGGCAGCAUCGAGUCAUACAUGUCUGACAUGUCAGGUUCUCCCUUUCUAUUUAACUGUUUGGUUGGGGGGAUAGCAGUAAAUUAAUAGUAUAGUAGUGGCCGUGUGCAUGACACACACAUACACCACAGCAUGAGCGUCACGCAGUCACGUGUUGUGAAUGUGCAUCUUAUACACAUAUUCAUUGUGUUUUCUUUUUUUCCUUAUUUGUUAUUUUGUUUCUGGGGGUGUGUCACGAGGGCCAUGCUUACGUCAAGUGCCAUAUGAAUGGGUUUUUGCAUAUUCUCGUUAUCUGCAAAAUUUGCAGCUAUCAGCUAUUCAUGGCAUGCAGCAGAAACCUUUGCGUAAUGAGCCCGCUGCAAAGGCGGCAGGCUAGCCUCACUUUCCACAACGCAUAGCUGUACAUAUAUACAUAAGCGACACAAUGGGAGUGCGCUGCUGUCAUCACGACAUAUUCUCAAGCCCCAGGAUCUGCUUCUGUUGUUCACUCGGUUCGAAACGAAUCUUUAUUCUUGCUAUUCCAGAGCACUCGCACGUGAUGUCCCAAAGUGUGGCAAAGUAGUGGCUAUUUACACGGGCAGCCAUUACACGUCUCAUCUUCAGCAGUUGAAUCAAUGUGUUAGAAUUUAUUUCCAAUUCGAAGGUUAUUCACCUCAAUCACAUUCGAGGACUUUACAUGGA